UAUAAGCCGUCCCCUUUGUGUUUGUGCGGUGACAUCAUGGCAGGGUCAUCUGCGCACAGUAGCACAGCGGAGCGCAUCGGAUACAUAAGCAGAAUCCAGAGCUUCAGCGCUUGUCACCGUCUUCACAGGUACAUCGCCUCCAUCCCUCCUCCGUUAGGGAGGAAGCAGGCUGAUAGAGAGUCGUCCCGAAAGCGGGUUUAUUUCAAACACCUUCUUAAAGCACUCACACUGAAUAUAUUGAAACGUUUUAAAUUAAAAACGGUGCUUCUCCUGCAGGAAGUCAUCAUGAUUCCACUGGACCAUAAAAACCUUGAUAAGGAUGUUCCAUAUUUUACUACUGUUGUCAGCACAACAGAGAACGUGGCUGUUUACAUCUGGGACAACAUGGUGAAGGUUCUCCCGCCCGGCCUGCUCUAUGAGAUCAAGAUUCACGAGACCGACAAGAACGUGGUUGUGUAUCGAGGAGAGUAGUGAAGCAGUGUUUGGUUUAGAAGCCCUAAAGUGCCAUUCCUUUCUACUUAUUUUAGGCUAAUUGUUUACGGACCGACUUCACUCUGGUCACACGUAGUGAAAGUCUCUUAGACGUUGUUCCUUUUGCACAGCAAAUGAGAGAACAGAAGCCUGAAAAAUGUGGUUAUAAAGUAAACUGUCAAGCAUAUUGUAAACUGAAUUCAUUAAAUAAAUAAAUAAAUAAAAAUUGA